UCAGCGACCGGUCUAUGCGUCCCGAUCGCGACGGGUAGACGCGGAGCCGGCGAGAGAUAACUAACGCGUAAACUCUAAAGGGAAACUUUCUCUCUUCUUUUUUUUUCCCUCGUUUUCCAUUAUUUACCUCUUUCUGACUCUGUUCUUAGGAUUCCUUCUGUUUUUUUCUUUUUUACGUUUGAGAAAGAGAGAGAGAGAGAGAGAGAGAGAGAGAGAGAGAGAGAGAGAGAGAGAGAGAGAGAGAGAAGUUUACUGUCAUCGCACCGACAUCAGGGAUUUGUUUAGUGUCGAGGAUGCUUUCGAAGGAGAAAAUAGAAAAGUUUCGUCAAAGGAAUAAUACGUUCUUUACGACUAUCUUCCUGUUAUAGAAAAGAUAGAAGAAACAUCAUGUUUUUUCUUUCGUAAAACGUUUAUGCUUUAACGGCGAAACCGGCAAAGCUAUUUUAACGAGUAUCCGAUGUAAAAAUGCUAAUCUCGUUGCGCUUGAGAGGAAGAGAAUCUUGAAAGGAUGUAUCGAAGACACAUUAUCAGCAGAAUGUUCAUGGGAGUUCAAGGCUUACCGAUUUGGUGACAAAAAAGAAUAAAGCGCGAGGUGGAAAAGGAGGUGUGUCUUUUUUCGAAAGAUAAAAAUUGGAAGGAAUAAUUAUUAAAAAGUAAUCGGCGACCCUUUUACGACUCUGUCGAGUCAAUAAGAAUCGGUGAGAUUUUGAAAGAAAAUUGAAACUCACAUGCGGGUUAUGAACUUUAUGGAAGGUCAAACUUCAUGAAUCUUACAGGAAGAAUAUUUGCAUGAAAGAUUCGAUUUGUCGAAGUUGCGAUACUCGAUAGGGUCAUCGGCUUUGAAGUUUCAUCGAAUUUGGCACGGUCUCUCGAAUGCGUAAGAACGCGCAUGGACGAAGGGAAACGAGUGGACAAGUUUUUAAAGCGAGGAAGAAGUAGAAGAAGGGGAAGAAGGAAGUUUAAGAGGAAAGUAAGCAGAGGAGCGAAGGGAAAAGCGUCUUUUUACCGGACUCCUCUAUCCCUAUCGGUAGAGGACUGGAAAGGUGUUUUCGAUUUCAACGGUCGUGUGCAAGAGGGAGAGCGUGUAAAAAAAUAAGAUGCUCGACGAAAGAAGAUAAAACGAAAGUAAAAAACUAGGCGCGUGAAUACGAGCGUCGAUCGAUCCGCUUCGGACGUCUUCCUUCGAUGCUUGUUUACAUUGAAAGCGCGCUUUUCUUGCCCCGAGGCCGUAGAUAUGUACCUAUUUAUGUACAUACGCAGCGAGAUUGCAAUUAAUGUCAGCAGAAUUCUCGUCUCGUCGUUUUUAUGCAUUCCAGAAAGCUAGGCUAUCUCUUUCCAAGCAGAGAAGCCAAUGUACGUCGCGAUACGUAUAUUAUUUGCGUGAUAUAAUAAAAAAGAGAGAAAAAGACUUUGGAUUUAUAUUUUGUUUUGUUUUGUUUUUUUCUUCUUUUCUGUUUUUUUCUUUUCUAUUUUUUUUUUCGGUGACCAUUUUACCGAUUCAAUUUCUACGAUCGUUACGUACAUAUACAUUUUUUGUACGUCGCAGUGCAAAUAUAUAAUCAUCGAUUGAAUCUCUUAAGAAUGAUCGAUGGAAAUGGAGAAUACGUUUAGCGUAUUAAGAUCGAGGAUUACGUGGGACCAUCAUUUUUCCAAUAGGACUCGUCGUGUUUGAUUAGAAUCUAUGGGUUUCCUCGCUCGCGAAGAAAAAGGAAAAGAAAGAGGAAAAUUCAUUUAGCUAAAGUCACAACUUUUCAGAUUUCAACGAGCGAUCUUGUUGCUUCGCGAAUGGAAAAACGAGCGAUGUCUUCGAUUCGAAUACAUUAAAGCAUGAUGGAUUGAGGUACCGAGAAGAUGAUUACGGAAUAAAUCGAAGAUUAAAUAAAAUGGACGUUUUAUCGGAUCUCCGAUGAAACGAAGGUUUCGAAGCUCUUCGGUGGUGGCUGAGAGAAAAAAAAAUGAAGAGAGAGAGAGAGAAAGAGAGCUUCGUUGGGAGAGAACGAAAGGCCGGGAUGCGUGAGAAACGGCCGUGACUGAAGGCGACAAUAAUCGAAAGGCUAGAGUUAAGUGCAACUUUGACAAUAAAUAACCAAGGCUGAUACUAGAAGGAAAAAGGGGAUAAUACUGCCAACGUCGUUGCCUAUGGAUCCUGACGUCUACAUGGCGUUGUGACUAUGUGCGUAUACACCUACGUAAAUCGCAAAGCUCUUGGCGACGAUAAAGAAGCACGAGAUUCCUCGGUCGAAAACCGGCCGGUGCUAUAACUAUCCGCAGUAAUGCACAAUUUCGUCCUGGCGAAGAACUUCAACAGGCGAAUCGACAGCAACGACCGACGAAGACAAUUCUAGAGAAUUCGCGUUAGAGAAAGAAAACAAAAACAAAAAGAAAAAAAAAAAAAAAGAAAAAAAAAAAGAAAACAGGAAAAAAGUAAUAGUUAUCCGAGGAAAAUGUUCCAAGGUGUCGUCAAGAAAAUUCGUGCGAACCUUUGUACGGAUUUUUAGACGCGCAACCAAGAGAGAUUGUCCGGAAUAAGAAGAGAUGUCACUGAAUCACAAAUAUUACACGAACGAAGGAUAAACCAGCGAAGAAGAAAAAGGAAAGAAAGAAAGGGAAAAAAAAGAAAGAAACAAAAACACCGUACAACCUUAUUGCAAAUACGUAGUUUCAAAUCUCAUUCAAGGACGGGAUCGAAUCGUGCGUACUCUUAUCUACAUGCUCAGAUAUCAUUCAAUUUUAUUACAAUUUUGUAAACAUACGUUCUGAAGGAUCUUUGGAGGACUUUGAGAUACGAGUAUGUUUACAGAAAUUAUAUCAACAAGUUGUUUGAUGGCAGCUUUCGUAAAAAGCGGCGUAUAAAACGCUGGAUCGGAAUGAUUCAACGGACAAGAGGGAAAAGGAAAAGGAACGACGAAGCAAAAGUUCCAAUAUAUCGUCGCGUCGUUAUUUCAAAAAAAAAAAAAAAAAAAAAAAAAAAAAAAAAAAAAAAAAAAAAAAAAAAACAAAAAAAAAGAUGUUUACAUUUUAUUUACGCCAACUUUUCGAGUGUCUCGUAACGUUAAACACCAACUGACAGCAGAAACCAGAUGCACAGUUUGCACGUAGCGAAAGAAUCAACGUCCUUAUCGUCCUGACAUUUUUUCGACUGAUGCCAACUAACAUCGGAAACCACGUGGGCGAACGUGUGCGUGCCACCACGUGAAUACACACGUGGAAGGUCGAGCUAGCGCGGGAGAAAAAGAUGCGAACAAAAUAGUGCGAUGAAGAAAAAGGGGAGGUGAUAGGGGGUGAGGCGAGAGAGAGAGAGAGAGAGAGAGAGAGAGAGAGAGAGAGAGGAGCGAGGGAGGGAGAUCGAAUACACGAAGCCGAAGCCCUACGCUCUUCGCUCGAGAGAACUCUACUCUCGGUGUUCAGUGCUACGAUGGUCACCAAGCGAACGAGUCGCAGCCUCUCGACUACUCGUAGUUCCGAUACCAAGAGGAAACGGCGUGCGGUGUUUCGAGGAGAAAAGUUUACACGUGCCUGUUGAUCGACUAUCAUCGUCCUGCCUCAACCAAGGAACAUCAUCGCCACGUGCUCGAUAAUACGCUUCGUCCGACGCGUUAAACGUGACAACGGUACCGGACGAAGCCGUGGACAGCUUUAAAAUGCCCAGAGCUUCCGUGGUACAUAUGACGUCGACGGCAACGAGACCACAGCACAUGUCGCAGGUUUUGGCGACCCUGGCGCUUUCCAUGGGAACGUUGUCGUCUGGCUUGGCGAAAGGCUACACCUCGCCUGCAUUGGAUUCUAUCCUGGACAAACAACCGCCUCCUCUCUAUCAAUCGUCCAACAACGAUACGUGGACGGUUUUCUCGGUGACGACGCAGGAGGCCUCAUGGGUCGCGUCCCUGUCGAUGUUGGGCGCUUGGUGCGGCGCCAUGAUCGGUAAUUGGAUAAUGAGGAGAGGCCGACGCGUAGCCCUACGUGUCACGUCCUUACCCUUGGCUGCCGCAUGGAUACUUACGGGCGUUGCACCCUGCGUAGAAGUCGUCUAUUGUACGAGUUUCCUCGGUGGACUCUUUUGUUCCGUUAUUACGAUGGUCGCCCAAGUAUACAUUUCGGAAAUCUCGAUGCCAGGCAUCAGAGGAUGCCUGUCGGCGAUGUUAAAGGUGCUGGGUCACGUCGGCGUCUUGCUCUCUUACAUAGCCGGAACGUAUUUGAAUUGGCGACAGAGCGCACUCUUGGUGGCCGUCGCACCGUCGAUGCUCUUUUUGGGAACGCUCUUUAUACCCGAAACACCGUCGUAUCUCGUUUUGAAUGGAAAGGACGAGGAGGCAGCGAGCAGCCUGCAGUGGUUACGAGGCGAACAAGUUGACAUAAGACACGAGCUACAGGUGAUCAAGACUAACAUAUUGGCGUCCAGAGCGAAGCAGUACGGACUGAAGAGCAGCAUGCUGACGCCACGACUUUACAAGCCGAUCGCCAUAACUUGCGGACUGAUGUUCUUUCAAAGAUUUUCCGGAGCGAAUGCGUUCAAUUAUUACGCCGUCAUCAUAUUCCGUCAGACAUUGGGCGGAAUGAAUCCUCACGGAGCAACAAUAGCGAUUGGAUUCGUCCAAUUAUUGGCAUCCUUAUUGUCGGGCUUCCUAAUCGACAUAGUCGGCAGAUUACCGCUCCUGAUUGCCAGUACCGUUCUCAUGUCGUUAGCGUUGGCCGGUUUUGGUAGUUACGCCUAUUACGUGUCCCAAACCCAAAAUCUGGGCUAUUCCGAUUCCCCGGUGCCUACCGGCGAACACGACUGGAUACCGUUGCUCUGUGUACUGGUCUUCACGACCGCCCUAGCCCUGGGCAUAUCGCCAAUUUCCUGGCUAUUGAUUGGCGAACUUUUCCCGCUCGAGUAUCGCGGUAUCGGGUCCAGCAUCAGUACCAGCUUCAGCUACUUUUGCGCCUUCUGCGGCAUCAAACUCUUUAUGGAUUUUCAGCAAGUUCUCGGAUUACACGGAGCCUUUUGGUUCUACGCGGCAAUGGCCGUCUGCGGACUUUGUUUCGUCGUUUAUUGCGUCCCAGAAACGAAGGGCAAACAAUUGGACGAGAUGAAUCCGGACUACGCACAGGCACGGUAGUAUAAGGCCUCCUUGACGGGAGGUCUGUCGAAUCUCGAAAAGGCGAACAAGCCUUUACCGAGCGGUGCUUAUCCGAACGAGCACGAUCCUCGGGAGAUAUACAGGGCCGAACAACAAGCUGCUCUAUCAUCAUCGGCAGGACCAUCGACGACUAAUAACUCUGUCCGUGGAAUAUCCAGAGGUAGUCAUCGUUCCUUGUCCGAGUAUUGUGGCAUUUUCGCCGAGAAAACCAAUAGGAUAGGUAAAAACGUGGAGAAUUUCAUGCAAUCCCGUGGAUUUCUCGGAUCGCCCGUUCAAAGGCUAAGCCCCUACGAAACAACUCGUUACCCGAACGACGACGACGUUCUAUCCUCGAACAAAAUCAACGGGGGGGGAACACAGAAGAAUGGAAUUUAUGGUAAAACGAAAAUUCUCGAGCAGGAUCGAUGUUACGACGGAAUAACUUGCGUUGCUAAUAAAGAUCGUCGCAGGGAGACGUUCAUUUCGAGAGAAUCAAAUCGAACGAACGAACGCGUACGUUCCACCUCCGAGAUGCAAUUGGCUCGUAGACCAAGACGUAACUAUCGCGAUGAUGAUCGGUCCUACGGCCCAUGGAAGGACCAAGGCCCAUUGAGAAAUGUAAACGGUGCUAAGCCGAUCCUGAGAAAUGGCAUCGGUUACAGGAGAGCCGAGAGGAAACGACCAUCAUACUGUUCGACCCUUCCGACUAGACGUAGCAGGACCAUUAAUUUCAAGGAUCAGCCUUAUAACUCCCUGGAGGAGCUACGCGGAUACCCGAAGAGUCUCCAGGAUUUAACGGAUUUCGAGAUCGAGGAGAGAAUAGGAAAUUCAAGCGUGUCCUCCUUACCAAAAACGAGAACGCGUUCGAGGGAUGACAGACCGGCCGACGUUUAUCGUCAUCGUAGAAGGGUACGAGACCCCCCGGUGGACGAUCCUUUGCACGAGGACGACCAUUUGAAAUUUUGUAGAAACUUGGCGAGAAUGGAAAGAUAUCCUCGGGGAGGACGUUACGAGCCGGGACAGGUGCAUUAUGAGAGGGAGUGUAGAACCUUUGGAAAGGACACCGUAGCUUUUAUUUAUUACAAAACAUGUUAUUUGUGAUCAUUUCAAAUGGGAACGAGAAACCAUCCAAAAUAUUUCUUAUUUUCAUUCGUUAGACGUUUCCUCCACAACGUUGGCUCAUAUAAAUUACUUACGAAAACGUUACGAAAGAUUCGCGAGAAAACGCUUACCGAUAAUUACUAUCUAUCCUCCUUUUCCCUCGUUUAUUAUUUGUGAUUUUCUUAAAGCUCGCGGUAUACGGAUUUUCUUCUUCUUUUCUUUUUUCAUGCAUACACACACAGAGACACACACCUAAAAAGAGAUUUGCGGUAGAACAAAAGGCAGAACUUCCAUGCAUCGUGCCUUUCUCGAAAAACGCGACAAUAUUACGCUAAGACGAUAAUACUUAAAAAUCUCCUCUACCUACCACGUGCGUAUAUGUUAACACACGCGCGAAUAAUGUAUAUAAAGGAUAGAGAUGAUUUAAAAGUGGUUACUCUUACGAAAUAAAUUCGACGAAUCGCGCGAACAGAUUCUUCCUAGACCGAAUCUAUGGAUGGAAAAAAGAGAAAAAGAACAAAUUAUAGACGAUAUUAGAUCGAUAAUAAUUACGACUCGUAUAAAUUUCGUAUUUUCGUUUCAAUACAAUCGGACGAUUUCUGCCCAAUUAUAAGAAUCUUUCCAUUUACAAUCAAUUUUUACAAGAGAGUAUUAGCUUAAUAGAAACGAACGUAAUCGCGUUGCCUGGCUUUAUUAGAGAAAAUACAUGUUAAUUAACUAAGGUGCAAAAAGGCACGCGUUAUUACCGAUGAAAAAGAGAAUAAUAAAUGCUCGGAUCUUAUCCUCGCGACUCGUUUUACGAGUCAAUGACUUCAUUGCGACAAUAUUUCUAGAUAGAUGCAUACUCGUCUGUAUACUUGUUAUCUUUCUUACAUCUAUAUCGCAUAACGGAGUAUUGUAUAUAAUAUAUAUAUAUAUAUAAAUAUAUGCGAUAUCAGCCCACUCAUGUACAUACGUGUAUUCGCACGAGGGUGAGAGCAAAAAGUAAACAAAAUUUAUCGACAAUAUAUAACAUACGCAUAUACACAUACGCAUACACGCAUUAUAUCGAUCGUUGCCAAAUUCGUUUGAUCUCUAGGUUUAGGACUCGAAUAAUCAAAUUUUCUAAACUAGUGCGUAUGCAAGUACGUACCUAUAUAGGAUAUAUACGAUUUAUCCUUCAACUGUAAUUUCCAUCGACGGAGAGUGAGAGAGAGAGAGAGAGAGAAAGAGUCGAUAAGCCUAAUGUUUACUUUCUUCUAAAAGUCUACCUACGUUUAGCUGCCAUUUAACGAUAUAAUAUUUUUAUAAGAUUUUGUCAACUCGGAACUAAAGAUUCGUGCAACGUGAAUAAAACCUUCCGAGAGAUUAACUGCGAGAAGAAGGUUAGAAAGAGAAUGGUAUCUGUAUUUGAUAUUUUUAUAUAGUCUGUAGAAAAAAGAACACAAAUGAAAAAAAAAAAAGAAAAAAAGAAAAACAAUAUACGAUCGACGUUGCGUUACGCAAAGAGAAGUCGACGAUCGUGAUCAAAGGCCUAGUCUUCGGAACGGGGAAAAAUAUUUCGUUGUUCUACGAGAGAGAAGAGAUACAAUGAUAAUAUAAAGGAAAAAAAAAAAAAAGAAGGAUUUCGAUUACUCACUCGUAGGACACGAUAGAAUAUAUCGCGUUGUCCUUCUCCUUGCGGUCGUCGAGUAAAACUUCUUAACUUCCGUAAUCAUUUAUAUCUACACACACACACACACAUCCAAGUAUAUAAGUCAUAUCCUUGCCAUAUCCAAUAUUCUAACGAAAUGGAAGUCUGUGAAGCGCGUAUUACGAUAUCGCGUACUUAUAAACUAAUUGAUAAACAUACUUAUCGGAAAUGAUAUAUACUAACGGUGCUUUUGUAGGCAAAGCUCGGAUCGAUUUGAAGCUUUGAACGAUUUGAUAUCUAUAGAGGGUUGUGCGUCCGACCAAUUGCAAAAAUUAUUUUGAAAUCGUCUGACCGAUACGGGCACAGUGAAUAACUCGAAGCAAAAACAUAUCGCUAACUUAUCGAAAGAAAUUGCCCUCGAUCAAGAGAGACUUUCUCUCUCUCUCUCUCUCUCUCUCGAUCGAGUGGAAUACGAAGGGAAUAAUCGAUUCGAAAAGAUUGACGCAUGUAUAUCUGUAAAAAAAUAAUAACGAUCUCUCCGGGCAAACAUAUCUCGUCGAGUAAAAUUUGCAGGGUGUUAAGUCACUGUGUUUACUUAAGGGUAAGAAGAAGACAAAAGAUGAUAAUAAUAUAAAACUACAUUAAAUAUCCUACAAUGCUGAAGGGCUUGGACGUAGUAUCGAAUAAAAUUUCUAUUAUGAUUAAGAUAUAGCGCAAGUGCAAUGCUCGUUAAACGAGUGCACGCGUAGCUUAAGAUAAUCGACUUUAGAGUUCUAUAUAUACAGAUUGUGUACAUACGAAUUUUCGACCAUCCCGUUCUUUAGUAUUCUUUGCGUCGUACCAAUAAUAAUUCUUAUUCGUGCCAAAGGCACGAUUUGCGAACAUUUCGGAGGGACUAUUGCGUAAUUUAAAGCGAGAGUAUUACUUCUUUCCCGUAGUCAAUGUCGAGCCUGAUAAAGGAAUAAAAAAAGAAAUAAAUACACACACACACACAGAGAGAGAGAGAGAGUACAUACACGUGCGUACGUAUAUAAUUAUACAUAAAAUAUAUCUGCACUGUGCACUUUUGUGAAUUGAAGGUUUAUUGUAAUACCUGGCGGUACGAUAGAGUUUGAUUCGGAAACAAAGCGUCGUAUUACCGCACACAUAGAGAAUGUAAAUUAGUCGAGGAUAUUAUAGGCGUCGUAACAAGUUUCGCGCCCCUUUGUACGCAUCCAUUUAUGUAUUAUACAUAGAGAUACAUACGUAUAUACAUACACGGGCUACGUUAUGUGUACGCGCCGUAAAGGUAACGACGUUAUUUGCAAGUCACUUUCUAGUAAUGAAACUCGCUUGAAAAUGCACGCCGCCAUCGAAUAAUCGAAAUAGGUGCCGACGAAGAUUAGCUUAUCGGAUAGAAGAAACAAGCUAUAUAAACGAUCGCGCGUUACUCAAGCGUAUUCUAAAACUCGAAACGUCUUUACGAAGAGAUCAGCUCGAAAGAGAUAAAGAGCAACUUCAAAAGUAACUCGGUGACAAUAAGAUAACAAAGAGAAAUAAUCGACAAUAAACAUUAUAUAGAGAAAGAGCGCUGGCCGUCUAAACACAUAUAUACGUGAUUAUAUACAUAUACAUAUACAUAUAAAUAUACAAAUUUGUGCAUCUAUGAGAUGUGUUAGAGACAAGAAAAAAAAGAAAAAAGAAAAAAAACUACAGCAGGAAAAACAAAGGGAAAAGAAAAAAAGAAAGAAAAAUGUCCGACAAGAUAUUUUCCAAAACGAUGAAAAAGAAAAGAAAAAAAAUAUAUAAAAUCCUACUUCUAAAAAGGGUAGCUUCGCUUGCUAGAUUUAAUAUUUUUGUAAUGACGCCUAGGUGUAGUUUGUUUGUACCUCGAUAGAGUAAACGUUUAAUCUACGAAAAAGGAAUAAAGGAAAACACAGGAAUAUCACAGUGAAAGAUUGCAACAUGUAUGCGUAUAUAUAUAUAUAUAUAUAUAUAUAUAUAUAGACACUUCGAUGGAAAUAAGACUGUGUCAGCGAGCAUUCAAAGUAUAAGCGAGCUUUAACUCCGAUCAUCGAAUUAGAAGGAGUCUCCAACGUGUGGCUGAUAUUUUGUUCGAUCGAUGCCUCUUUUCUUUCGUUCUGUAGAUACUUUUGGAAAUACUUUUCUCUGUCGCGAAUCUUAUUAGAAUCUCGUUGGAGUUUAAGAAAGAACAAAUGAUAUUAUUAGAAAUGAGAAAUAAUAAAAUCGAUUGGAUUUGUUAAAUCGUAUCUUGGAAGAAGGGAAAUAGCCGAAAUAAAAGCAAAAUAAUAGUUGACUUUGGCGAACGUCGGAGACGCUUCUAAAAUCGUUACGGUAAAAGAUAUGCGUUUAUCUAUGUUAGGUAUAAAAUAAUGUACUUAAGCGAGAGUUUAGUUAGAAAGUUUUCUCUAAAAGAUCAUUAAUUUCGUUAAUGAAUGAUAAAGCUGGAUAUACGAUCGCUAACCAAGCGGAACCAAGAUAUUACGUAUUUCUAUAGAGAAAUCAUAUACACAUAUUAUAAAUGCCAAAAUAAGAAGAAACAAAGAUAACCGAUAACACGGA